CUGUUGUUCUCGCUCUUAGUUUGGAGAUAUUUUAUUGGUUGGUUUUGGUUUCUCGCGAUACAGGGGUGACCAAUUGGAGCGCUGCAGCGCCAAGUCAAAUCCUGAAGAAGCAAAACGAGGUGUGUUUUUCCCUCAGAUUGAGCUGUGGCGCUGAGGUGGAGGGGUCUCUUGGAAGGUUAUAACGAAACGCAUACGGGCAUUCCUGACUAAUUUAAUCAGUUUUGAGGGCCUAAACAAUGGAAGUUGCAGUGUCAAGACGGAACCACAUCAGCAAGAAAGGAAACAAGGAAAAUGCCCAGCCUGCACAUGAAAGAAAGUUAAUUAUAAAAGGGGAGAAAACAUCUGUUGUGCCAUUCCAACUGAAAAAUGACCCAAAACAGCAGACCCUACCAAAGAGUCAGCCCCUUAGAGCUAAGGCUAAACAAGCUGACACUAGGUCAGUCUCUGAGGCCCAGAAACCGGUACCAGCUGCUGUGUUGUCAUCAAGAAAUGCUCUAGGAAUGUAUAAAGGAAAGAUUGUACAGUCAAAAAUUGGGUCUAUUUGGAAGGCAAGUGCAGGUAUGAUGGAUCCUAACCCAUCGGCACCGAAAACGGAGAACCAAAGGCCUGGAAAAAUGGCAAGAAGAAGAUCUAAAUCUGCUGCUGAGAUGCAGAGACAUGGUACUCAAAAACCUGCACCAGUGAGGUCCAAGUCGGUGUCUGAUGGACCUGCUCAGGUUUCCAAGCCUGCUGCCAGCAGUCGUCCUGCUGCUGGAUUCUCCUCUGCUCGCCCUCCUGCAAGAAUCGUCUCAGCAACACUAACCACUGCUGGCUCUAGAAACACUACUGUGGCUCCCACCAAAGCAGGUGGAACUCACAACCUAAAGACACAGAUUUCAGAACCUGACAAGAAGGUCAGCAAGCCUCCUGCCUCAAACACUAUCAGUCAAUACAGAUUUACUAUGGAGACUGCAGAAGAGAGAAAAGCAAAACUGGCUGAGUGGCUGGCUUCAAAGGGUAAGGCUCUUAAGAGACCAGCCAUGUCGACAGCAAAGCCCUCCAAAACCAAAGUUUCUACAAAACCUGUCGUCAAACUUCGAUCUCAGCCUGCUGCACGCCACAUGCCUGAACCAAGACUGGAAACGGACAACGCUGACACUGCUGUAGGCACUGUUUCCUGUGGAGAUACUCAGAGGGCAGGACCAACGGCAUCCAGCCAAACUCCAGUGAUCAUGAACACUACACUAGACCUAGAAAAUUCUGAUGGGGAUCUGUCUGCUGAGUCACAAGACAGAGUGGAUGAUAUUGUUGUGAAUCUCUGUGAUGCCUUGGAGGCCAUGGAAACGCCAUCAAGAUGUAGUGAUGAACUCACAGAUUUGACAGAUAAGUGCAACAGUGAAAUGGAGGACAGCAAGCCUAUAGAUGAAUGUAAAGCGGAGGAACUGAAGAUUGACAUGCCUGAGGAUGCUGGUAAGCAGGUGAAGGAUGAAGCAGAAGAAAGUGAUGAUCAGAAAGUGGAGACAGAUGAUGUAGAAAGUGAUGAUGACGUGAUGGAGACAACUCCAGAGAUGGAGGAUGCAUCAGUGAUCAGAUACAGCGUGAAAACGACGCCAUACUUGCAAAGUGUCAGAAAAACAAUUGAAGGUGAGGUCGGCACGAGUGCAUCCAGGAGAAAGAGCAACAUUAAUGAUCUCAAGUUUCUGACACCUGUGCGCCGCUCCUCCCGCAUCCACAACAAAUCCAGCCAGCUGCCCAAGAUGCUCGUCGAUCACGAUCCCUGCGUGUCAUCGCUGGCUGAGCUGGUGAAGCUAGAUGAUAAUCCUAACGCCUACAUCUACAGAAAGAACGCUGCACUGGUGGCAGAUCUCCCGGACGAGUCCAGCCUCUAAAAAAAAAAA